AAGUAUCUUUUGCUUUCAGGAGUCUCUUAACGGGCUUGACUACAUAAUGUAUCUGUUAGGAUGUCGAGUUGUUCGAGGACCAGACUGGACGUGGGGCGACCAAGAUGGAGGAGAAGGAGGUGUUGGAACAAUCUUUAGCACCGAUACCUUCUCCGAUGGUAGCCCACUGAAAAACCAAACAGUUGUUGUUUGCUGGGACACAGGACAAGAAGCCUAUUAUCGACUUGGACUGGAUGAAAAGUAUGAUCUGCGGAUCCUUGAUUCAGCUCCUUCGGGUGUUUGUUUUGAGAAGGUGAUAUGUGAUGGAUGCAGACAGAAUCCUCUCCUUGGAACAAGAUGGAAAUGUACAGAUUGUGAUGACUAUGAUUUGUGCACCCAAUGCUAUAAUAAUGAGGUGCAUGACUUGGAUCAUAGUUUUGAGAGACAUGAUCACUGCAAACUACAAAGGUACCUGAAAAAUAUACCAUAUGCUUACCCCUUAUGCAUACU